CCUCAUCGUCCUCCUCGGGCUCUUGCCUGUCCCCGCAUCCCCGACCCGGCCGCCCGUCCUUCAAUCCCACCCACCGUCACCAUGGUCGACCUGGUCACCCUUCCUGACCCCGUUCUCGCAGCCGUCCUUGCCCACAGCAGCUCGCUUACCGCCGUCGUCCGGCUCAGGGCCACCUGCAAGCAGUUCCACCACGGCGCUUCCUCGAUCCUGUUUGCUACUCGAAUCGAUGGCCUGCUCCGAGCCAGACUCGCCCAGAACACCGAUUCGUCCUGGUCGCCGCUGUCCUGGGCCGUCUCCAAGUCGAGCCUUGCCCUCGCCCAGAUGCUCCUGCAGGCUCUCGAGGCCUCCCCGGCACUCAAGCCCUUCCGCCGCCCCGAGCAAGAGGCUGCCCUGAACCUGACCGCCAAGCUCGGCAAACUGCAAAUCCUCGAGAGCUUUCUCGACUCGGGCCUCAGCCCAAACCUCGUCGAGACCCCUGGCGGCCCUCAGCCGGACGGCCAGACUGACUUUGCCCCGUCGCCCCUGACUCUGGCGUGCGAGCAUGGCCAUGUGGAUUGCGUCCAGUUGCUGAUUCGCCAUCAGGCCAACAUCCACUACGAAGACGACAUGUCCCUGGCCAUGGCUGCCAUCAACGGCCACCUGCCCAUCGUCGAGCUGCUGCUGGAGGCCGGCGGCAGCCCCAACGCCGACAACGGCUAUGCCCUGACCGACUCGGCCUACAAUGGCCACACCGAGGUCGUCCGCCGCCUGGUCGAUGCCGGCGCCUAUGUCAACAUCAACCGGCUCGAGUCGCCGCUCACAAUGGCCGCCUCGAGCGGCCAGAGCGAGAUCGUCAAGCUCCUGGUCGAGAAGGGCGCCGACGUCCAUGCUUUCGAUGAAGCUGCCCUUAUUGCCGCCGUCGCCCGUGGCCACACCGAGGUCGCAAAAUACCUCCUCGAGCCGGGCAGCGCCGACAUCAACGCCGCACUCAAGUCGACGCUCCUUUCCGCCUCCAUUCGCAACUUCCAGUCGCUCGUCGAGCUCGACAGCUCCCCGCGCCUCGAUGCCAACGACGGCUUCCUGCUCCGCUUCGCCGCCAAGAACAACCUGCCCGAGUUUGCGGCGCUGCUGCUCGAUCACGGCGCCGACGUCCAUGUCAAGAAGAACGAUCCGCUUCGUCUGGCCGCCGAGGCCGGCAACCUCGACAUGGUCGACAUCUUGCUGUGUCGAAAGGCAGACAUCAACGAGGCUUUCCUGUCUGCCAUCGGGGCCGAGACCCCCAGCACGCCCACCCUGGAUGUCCUGUUGCAGAAGGGCGCCGACGUCAAUGGCUCCGACGGCGCCGCCCUCGAUCUCGCCGCCGAAAAGGGCUCGGCCGAACUGAUCCAGUAUCUCGUCGGCAAGGGUGCCGAUGUCGCUGCCCACGGCGGUCACGCUCUCCAUAUGGCUGCCGAGCACGGCCAUCUGGAGGCGACCACGCUGCUGCUGGACCAGGGCGCCGACAUCCACGACACCAACGAGUAUGCCCUGCGCUGGGCGUGCGAGAACAAGCACACGCCCGUCAUCAAGCUGCUGCUGCAGAGGGGCGCCAGCGUCGAAAAUGCGCUGCAGUCGAUUUGGUCCGCCGGCCAUUCAAGCAAGACGGUCCUGACCCUCAUCACCACCGCUAGCGAGCUGAAGCUCCUGGACAUCAACUCGGCCUUCCGCGCCAGUGCCCGCUACGGCUACAUCGAGGCCACUCAGCGGCUCCUGGGCAUGGGGGCCGAUCUUGCCGGCCAGGAGCACUACGCCGUGCGCUGGGCCGCCCGCAACGGCCACUACGACAUCUUCAAGCUGCUGGUCAGUCGCGGGGCCAACGUCCAUGCCAAGGGCGAGUAUGCGCUCAUGUAUGCCUCCGAGAACGGCUACGCCGAUGUUGUCGGCGAUCUGAUCAAGCUCGGUGCCAAGGUCCAGGCAAACGGCGGCUAUGCCAUCAAGAAGGCGACCGAGAACGGACACGCGGGUGUCCUCAGACUCUUGCUGAAGGCCAAGUCGCAGCAGACCAAAUUGUGGAAGUGAGCCGAGUCCCCAAGCCAGCGCCAUCCAGAACUCGGACGGCUGCGAGGAUAACUAGCUGCCUGUUUCUGAGUGUGCGUGCGUGCGCAUGUGCUUUUGGUACUGGUUUUGGUUUGAUUUUGGUCUUGGUCUUGGUCUUGGUCUUAGGGGGGAGUUUCGCUGUCGCCAUUUCACGACUCUCUUUGCUUCUGCGCUUCUGCGUUCUGUCUGCGAGCCCAGCUCGUCAUCUCAUACGCCUGUCGGCUCGAUCCUUCUCCAUCCAACUGUCUGUCCGUGGACUUGAUGUCACUCGACUUUCUCUUGCCAACUCACCCUUUCCAGCUCUUCGUCUUCGUUUCACACACACUCCCUCUCUCUCUCGUCGCCCGCCUCUUAUCCAUACACACAACCCCCGUUCGGUUGUAUAGACGCAGAUUCUGCACGAAUAGACAGGAUAGCAACCAUUACACUGACACUGACUGACUG